UUGGCUGCCUGUGAUUUGUCACUCUCUUGCCACUAAUCCUAGCAUUUUGCUAACAGGUUUAGUUACCUCUUAUCUUGUGGGAUUUGGAAGUAGCAGGACAUCAGGACAAGUCAAAAUAUCAGCAUUUGGUGUAUUAGCCACAAAACUCAGCCAGUGAUGCUUUCCUGAAAGGAAAAAGAGAAGCCAGGCGUAGUGCACUGUUCUCGUUCGUCCUUACUGCUGGCUUGUUGCAGUCAGAGAAAGAAAGGAAGCGGAGAGAGGAAACAAGGACACAAGUCCUCGAAAAGAAUUCCCUGCAAUGAAAGAAGCCGAAACUAAUAGCACGUUAGAUCCGGCCUGUUCUGCGGAUGAACCACCAUUCUCCAAAAUAGUCUUGGAAAACCUUGGCUUAAUGGGAAUAUGGCUGUUUGCCCUGCUGACUUUAAUGACAGUGGUUGCCAACCUGGUUUUUGUGGAAGAAGUUUGCUACAUCUACCAUAAAAUUCCCUCCUCCAAAAGAUCAAUUUUUAUUUGGAUAAAUGCAGCAGCUCCAGUGAUCGCUACAACAUCCUGCAUUGGAAUGUGGAUUCCUCGUUCAACAAUGUUUACAGAUUUUACUGCUGCCGUUUUUUUUGCUAUAGUUAUCCACAAGUUUCUGAUCAUGAUGAUAAAAGAAUGUGGGGGUCAAAAGCUCUUCCUCAGGCACUUUGAGAAUGACCAUUUCAAGAUAAGCACAGGUCCUUGUUGCUGCUGUUGUCUUUGUCUCCCAUAUAUACGCAUCAAUAGGAGAACACUAUUUUUACUGAAACUAGGGACCUUUCAAUUUGCUUUCCUCCGUCCUGUACUUAUGUUCCUAUCAAUAGUUCUAUGGACCAAUGGGAAUUACAAUCUUUCUGAUUUAUCUCUCAGUGGAGCAGCCAUAUGGAUUAACUGUUUCAUCGGUGUCCUUACAAUCAUUGCCCUUUGGCCAAUUGGAAUUAUGUUCCAACAAGUGAGAGUUCUCCUUAACUGCAAGAAGAUUAUUCCAAAAUUUGCACUUUAUCAGUUUGUUCUUGUUUUGAGUCAGCUUCAAGCAACCAUCAUCAACAUAUUGGCUAUGCAGGGGGUGAUUGCAUGUGUACCUCCACUUUCAUCUUCAGCAAGAGGUGCAUAUAUAAACCAACAACUGCUCAUUAUGGAAAUGUUUCUUAUUACUUUGAUCUCACGAGUUGUCUAUAGAAAAAGAUAUGAUGACCUGGACCUACCACUUGAUCCAGACCAGGAAACUAAGGGUGAAGAACUGAAAAGGAAGAUCAGUGAGGAUAGCAACAUCUUUGAAAAAGAUGUACCACAAAUUUAGGUGUUUCAUCUUGGAUGUUGCCUCGCCCUCUGUUUGGGUAUUGGCCAAUGGACCUGCUCUUUUGCAAAGGGACUUCUCUCAUCCUUCAAACUCUACCAAUGGAAGUAUUAUUAAUACAAAUGAAAUAAAUUCAUACAAACUUGUCAGUCAUCUGGCUGCAUCUAUGGAGUGGUAAAUGAUAUUAGAUAUAUUUACAUACAGCCAAUGAGCUCUUCAGCUCAUUGCUCAUUGCUGUUCAGUAGUGGAACUCUCUGCCCUAGAGUGUGGUGGAGGCUCCUUCUUUGAAGGCUUUUAAACAGAGGUUGGAUAGCCAUCUGUCGGGGGUGCGUGAAUGCGAUUUUCCUGCUUCUUGGCAAGGGAUUGGACUGGAUGUCCCAUGAGAUCUCUUCCCACUCAAUGAUUUUAUGAUUCUGUAAAAGGUGUGACCACAAAAUGAAUUAUUUCCCAAUAUCAUGGCUUAAACAAAUGCCAUAAUUUGUCAUUAAAUUAUAUAUUUAAUAGACCUUUGCUCCAAAUUGGAAAUUGUUAAAUUAGAAUAAAUUCAUUUGUUAUAUUCAUGAUAGCUAAAUAAUAAUUCAUAUUACAUUAAUAAAAAUCUGUUUAAAGAUUCAUCCUAUAUAUAUGUACAGCUUUACUGGCAUAGAGAAGUUGAACUAAGAUAUGGCAGUAAUAAGCAAACAAAAAGAAAGAGCAAGACGGGAUCCAUUUUCUUAGGCGCUACUGUUUCUGUGGGGCGGAAUAGAAGAGUGGACCAAAGAUAUGAAUGUAUCUAUCCCUUCCCACUUGGAACUAUUAUUGACUUUGUAAAACUGUGCAUGCUACCUUGUUCUUAAGAUCUAUGGUCAAUAAAAAGUAUACGUGCAGUUUAA